CAAGAAGUUCCGCUGAUAAAAGGUCUACCUACUGUGUAUCACUUGUUUGUGAUAAUGUGCGCAUCGAAAAUAAAUACAUAAACACGAUAUCAGUGAGAAGCUGCACAAAGAUAACGAGUUUUAUCAGCCGACCAACGGCUCAGGUCAUUUCAAUACCACCUGGACGACAUGUGUCUAAUGAAACUUCUUGUCGAGGUGUAGAUUUUAGCAAGGUUCGAGAAGCUCCAGAGUUGCAGUUAGACGAUUCGCUCCGGGCCAACCAGUACGCAUUACGCAGAAGUGUCUCGACGGACCAUCCCCAAGUGUCCCCCAUUUGUGCCAUCUGUAAAUACCUACUACUAAGCAAUCAACAUGACCGGCCAACCUCCUCCCAUCGGGUUCAUACACGGUUACCUUCGAAACGAUCAGCCAUCGGGAUACGAACUAUCCUACGGAUAUCCGCCUGUACCGACUGAACCGAUCCAACACCACCCAUCGCCACCACCAAAACAAGAAUGUGAUGAAUUGCCGCCACCAUCACCAUCCUCAUCGUCCUCCAGUAGUGAUGAUGAUGAUAAUGAAAAAACCCAUUCGCAAACGGAAUUUGUCUUUCAAGAUGAUCUAAUCGGAGGCUGCUGGCAACACUGCAACGUGGAAGGUCCCUUCCCGACCAACAUGGUCCGUGCCGGAGUGGAUGCCGACGGAUCGGUCAUCUUCGCUGGGCGUGCCUUCCACGAGGGCGAGAUGAUCCCGGCCAAGGUGAUCCCAUCGAAGAACGCGUGCUACAUCUGCUUCGGCGGUGAGGAAAUCCUGAAGGAGGACUUCGAGGUGCUCCGUCAGGGUGAUUUCGUGUGGGAGUUUGCUGCCAACGGUGUCGUGCCGGAGGGUGCCGUCAAGAUGGGAGCCACCGUCGAUGGGGAACCGCUGUAUAUGGGCCGUGCCCUGCACUGCGGAACGCAGACCCCCGGCAAGGUGCACUCGUCGCACGGUUGUCUGUACAUUCCGUUCGAGGGCGCCGAGAUCAGCCAUGCUGAAUAUGAGGUUCUGUGCUUGAAGUAAGAUGGAUCUUGAAAAAAAAAAGCGUUUUGGCCAGGAAUUAUAAGAGUUUUUUGUUUGUGAGUAAAUAUACAUGUAAUUUUUGUAAAAUUUUAAA